AUGUCCAACGAACAGAACCCCGGACUCCUCGGCGGCCUAGGCGAUACCUUAGGCAAGACAGUCGGCGGCGUGACCAACACACUGGGAAACACAGUUGGCGGUCUCGGCUCAACUGUAGGCGACGCAACAUCCGGCCUUGGAAAUACAGUCUCAGGAGCAACAGAGAGCGUCGGGAACACCGCCAAGAGCGCUGGACAGGGUGUGCAGAGUGGCGUUUCUAGCAUUGGGGGACAGAAGCAGACUGGGGACAACCCCCUUGGAUUGAAUCGAUAG